AUGCCGCCCUUUGUGUCUGCCCGACGUCCCGUCAGGAUCGCCAAUUGCUCUGGCGCAUCCACCGACCAGGGCAUCCACAUGUACAACCAAGCCACGUAUGGGCCCGUCGAUGUCAUCACGGGUGAUUAUUUAGCAGAGGGAACCCUGGGCAACGACGCCCUCCGAAAGACGGACCAGUCCCACCCCGGCUGGGUCCCGACUGCCCUCGCCGGCAUCGAAAUGUCCCUUGACGUCGUCAACGAGAAGCGCAUCAAAAUUGUUGUCAACGGAGGGUCGCUCAACCCAACGGGCCUGGCCGAAAAAGUCCAUGGCAUGUUGGGCCUCGAGCUGAUGGAGAGACUCUGGCAGAUUGCCGAGCGCGGCCUCCAGCUGCGCGUUGCCUUUGUCGAUGGCGACGACCUGAUGCCCAAGGUCCAUUCGCUCUUGAGGCACGGCUCUGCCCCGUCAUCGGCAGCACUUCACCUGGACAACGGAAACCAAAACGUCAAGCUGGCCAAGGACACGCUCACUUUCCUGGAUAACCCAGCCACCAUGCCUAUCCUCUCCGCCAACGCCUAUCUCGGCUACCGCGCCAUUCAGCGCGGCCUUGACCUAGGCGCCGACAUCGUCAUCUGCGGCCGCGUCGCAGACGCCUCGCCCGUGAUUGCCGCCGCUGCCUGGUGGUAUGGAUGGGCAGAGUCGGACUUUGACGCCCUGGCUGGUGCUCUCGUGGCUGGGCACCUGAUCGAGUGCUCUACCUACGUCACCGGGGCAAACUUCGCUGGAGCCUACAAAUAUCCCCCGAGCGCAUUCGUUGAUCUUGGACUGCCCAUAGCUGAGGUGGCGGCCAACGGAGAGUGCGUUGUGACCAAACACGAAGCUCUUGGCGGCUUUGUGACUGCCGACACCGUCAAGUGCCAGCUCUUAUAUGAGCUUCAAGGCAACAUCUACCUCAACAGCGACGUCAAGGCCGACUUAACAGGAGUCAAGGUUGUCUACCAGGCACAGAAUCGAGUGCACGUAUCCGGAGUCAAAGGCCACCCUCCGCCGCCGACAACAAAGCUUGCCGUCUUCUACAGGGGCGGAUAUCAGCUCGAGAUUCUCAUCAACGCCACCGGCUACGGCACUGACCACAAAUGGGACGUUCAGGAAGCUCAGAUCCGGAACAAGCUCAAGGAAUGGGGAACGCUAGACGACAUUGAUGUGCUCGAGUUUCAGAGGGUCGGCGUCUCGGAGGAGAAUCCCGAUUCUCAGCUCGCGUCGACGACUUAUAUGCGCGUAUUCGCCCAAGCAAGGGAUCGGCAUGCCGUCACCACCGUGACCGGGGCCUGGAACUUCUGCUUCAUGGCCCAUUUUCCUGGGAUGAACUGUUCAUUCGACUACCGAACGAUAUUCCCCAGACCAUUUCUGGGCUAUUUUCCGGCUGUCAUCUCUCAGGGAGAACUGGACGAGGCAGUCACGAUUCUCGAUUCCCAGUCCGCAGGGCCUCAGCGGCGGUUUACAGUCGGGCCGCCCAAGAUUACAGAACCUGUGGCGGAUAGAGACAACUACGAAACUGCUAACCCGUCCUCGCUGGAUUCCUUUGGGCCCAGGACGAUGCGACCGUUGGGUGAUGUCGUCCUGGGCCGGUCGGGAGACAAGGCAGGCAAUGUCAACAUCGGGCUGUUCGUAGAGAGCGCGGAGCAAUACGACUGGCUGCGGUCUUUUCUGACUAGAGAAAAGGUAAAAGAGCUCAUGCGCAAGGACUGGAGGGACUGGUACUUUAUCGAGCGGGUGGAGAUGCCUAACAUAUUCGCCGUGCAUUUCGUUGUCUACGGUCUCCUGGGGCGGGGCGUGAGUAGUUCCAGCCGACUUGACAGCUUGGGCAAGGGGUUUGCUGAGUUUAUAAGAGCGGUAUGGGUUCCUGUCCCAGCGAAGUUUCUUCAAGAAGAACCCGCAAAGCUGUAA